CAUGAGGCCAGCUGCCGCCGGCAUGUGGCCAGCUGCCGCCGGCAUGCGGCCAGCUGCCGCCGGCAUGUGGCCAGCUGCCGCCGGCAUGUGGCCAGCUGCCGUCGGCAUGUGGCCAGCUGCCGCCGGCAUGAGGCCAGCUGCCGCCGGCAUGAGGCCAGCUGCCGCCGGCAUGAGGCCAGCUGCCGCCGGCAUGUGGCCAGCUGCCGCCGGCAUGUGGCCAGCUGCCGCCGGCAUGUGGCCAGCUGCCGCCGGCAUGUGGCCAGCUGCCGUCGGCAUGAGGCCAGCUGCCGCCGGCAUGUGGCCAGCUGCCGCCGGCAUGCGCCCAGCUGCCGCCGGCAGGCGCCCAGCUGCCGCCGGCAUGUGGCCAGCUGCCGCCGGCAUGUGGCCAGCUGCCGCCGGCAUGAGGCCAGCUGCCGCCGGCAUGAAGCCAGCUGCCGCCGGCAUGAGGCCAGCUGCCGCCGGCAUGUGGCCAGCUGCCGCCGGCAUGAGGCCAGCUGCCGCCGGCAUGUGGCCAGCUGCCGCUGGCAUGUGGCCAGCUGCCGCCGGCAUGUAGCCAGCUGCCGGCGGCAUGUGGCCAGCUGCCGCCGGCAUGUGGCCAGCUGCCGCUGGCAUGAGGCCAGCUGCCGCCGGCAUGUGGCCAGCUGCCGCUGGCAUGCGCCCAGCUGCCGCCGGCAUGUGGCCAGCUGCCGCCGGCAGGCGCCCAGCUGCCGCCGGCAUGAGGCCAGCUGCCGGCGCAAAAGCCAUCAUGCGCCGUCGUUGUAG